AUGUACGUCAGCCUUUUGGAGCGCACCGCCGGCCUCAGCCGUCACGAUCUGGCUGAAGUGGAGCGGGUCCGACUCAUGGAGCGCAUUCUGGAGUACUAUGUGCCCAACAUUUCGUUUGACAUUCCGUCGUUGCGAAAGGCGGCUGAGGAGCUGAAGAGUAAGCACCGAGGCUCCGAGUCUGAUGUCCCCUCGACUCGUGUUGAGGGCGAGGACCUUGAGGAUCUUGCCAUCGAGGAUGAGGAUUUUAUGAUCAAGGCUUUGCCUGAUAAUACUACACAAUACUCGGGAGAGUUUUCAUAUUUGAACUUCUCGAUGAAGAUUCGGAAAAAGAUUGAUGAAUGGAUGAAAGCUGCGGCGCCAGAGGCAUCUACCGAAGCGGAACCAUUUGAGGAGAGAUGGCGGGCGACACAGCUACAGUCAGGCUCUUCGAUGGUCUCGGCAGCCAUCACCUGUUUGCCGCCUCGUUAUGUGGCAGAUUUUCUGGUUCAAAUCUUCUUCAAGUACGCACAGACAAAUAAUUUCUACGUGGAAGAGGACUGGCUACUGGAAAAAAUGCACACCUGUUAUACAAACCCAUCGAGCCUUUCGUCCGACGAUGCUGGCUCGGUUUGCUCGAUCCUCAUGGUCCUGGCGGUUGGGACACAGUUUGCUCACAUGGAGUCUGCCACUCCUGUCAAUCGUUUAGCAGCCGACUCAUCGAUUAAUGAUGACCAUCACUUCUCGGAAGAUGAAGUCGGGCUCACGUUUUACCAGUUCGCGUCGAAAUUGCUUCCCGAUAUCAUCGCCACUGCCUCGGUUCGGAGUGUUCAGGCCUGUCUGUUGAUAGGCACAUAUCUACUACCUCUCGACACAUCUGGACUCUGCUAUACAUACUUUGGGCUAGCACUGAAGAUGGCUAUCCAGAACGGUAUGCAUCGGAAGUAUCAGGGCGAGGGGCUCAGUCCGCGGAUGAUCGAGGUCCGCAACCGCGUCUUUUGGACGGCGUACACCAUAGAGAAGCGCGUUAGUAUUCUUCAUGGGAGACCGGUUUCUUUAUCUGAUGCGGAUGUUGACGCCGCGAUGCCGGUCGACUUUCCUGGUCUGAUGCCCACAGGUCAAGUGUCCAACCAUACUAACAUGGUAACAUUGAUCAAGUUGACUCUGAAACUGGGUGAGGUUUCAAACGAGAUAUCCGUGUUGCGGAAAUCCCGGAAAGGUCAACAGCAGGAUUGUCUUGAGCGGUUACUCAGUCUGAGAAAAAGUCUGUUGGACUGGUGGGCUACUUUACCAGAAGAGACCCAUUGUCGAGACUUGAACCCCUCUGGACCCCUAUUCCGUUCGAAUGUACACUUGAAACUCGACUACUGCUUAACGAGAAUCUUUAUUGGGCGACCCUUCCUAUUCAGUAACAUGAAGUCCACCAACCCAGCUGUGUUUCAAGGGCCUCCGUUCAAGACGACAUCCGGACUUUCGAAAAAUUGGUCAACGCUCGUCACUGACUGCGUCGAGGCGGCACUUGAGAUCAUCGAUCUCUGUCGGCUACUCCGUGAUGAAACCGGUCUUGCUCGAGCGUCAUUCACCGAAUUUAGCUCCUGUCGCGCCGCGCUGCUGGUCAUCCUAGCCCAGAGCUUGACCAAGCGGACAGAAAGGCUGCGCGAAGCGCUAGAAAAAGGCAUGGCCCUGAUCAAAAUCAUGUCGAUGGGAGUGGGCUCGGCGAGGUCCGCCGUCAGCGUGAUCGAGGCGCUCGAGCGGGCCAUUCGCCGUCUUGAAGAUUGGAGCGAAACACAGGCUCAAAGAAAUGCCGGUGCCGCCGAGUCCGCCUACGAUCGCUUCAAGAACUGGGAAAUGCUAUGGAAGACCGGACCUAUCUCACCAGGGACAACAGUCACGUUCCCUGAACAGUAUACGCCAGCGCGCCCUGAAGCAGGAAUCCCUCCGGUGCCUGUCACGCCGAUGACCGGCACGGAGGGAGGCAACGACGCCAUGGAAGGCGAUGUCGCUAGCACAGAUAUUGCAGGCUCUUCGGACUUUUCCGUACCCCAUGCGUUCUCUCAAAUGCCGCCUUUGGGAUUCGACCACUUUGUCUCCAACUUUCCGCAGGAACUGGGCGAGUUUACUGCCAUUCCGUGUUUUGAGACUGACGCUCAACAGGGCCUUGGGAGUGACAUGAAGUCGUCCCCAGGAUGUCCACCGGAUACGAGGUGGAUGCAAUUCAUGGGAGAAUGA